AUGCGCUUCCUUGCUCUAGUGCUUCUCAUCUCGAUCUUGGCCGCCCUCUGCGCCGCUCAGCCGUGCCCGGUUGAGAUCAAGCAGACGAUGAUGAGCUCGUUCGUGGAGGACGGCCGGUUCAGCUCCCAGUGGCGCGUCGAGCUCUCCCCCGGUCCGCGCAUCAUCGUGCGCGGCAUGGAGGGCGCCGGCUCGUCGUCGCUGUCGUCGUCGCCCUCGUCGGCCAGCGCCGCCUUCUACCGUCUGCCCAAGUCGCUCGGCCUGGCCGGCGGGCUCAAGUCGGGCGAGUCGCACGUGUUCGAGUACAUCGUGCGAGGGACGGCGCCGGCCAUCGUCGCGUUGGCCUCCGUGUCGUGCGCCGCCAGCGAGGCCGACCACUCGUCGUCUUCGCUGCCCUUCUACGCCGGCCCGUGGUUCUCCUUCUUCAACAAGAACAACAAGAACGAGAUACAGAACGAGAACAACAAGAAGGCUAGCGAUGAAGUGCCGCCGGCUAAGUCGAACAAGUGCGUGAUCAAGGUGGAGCAGCUCGGCCGAGCCCUGCAGGAAGGCGGCAGCUGGACCGAUGGCGGGUUCGUCUACCGCACGUACGACCUCAAGAUCACCAACCUGGGCCAGCAGCCCUACACCUGGUCCCUCAUCAAGGUCCACCUCGCCCCCAACGAAGAGCUCUACGAGUGGUGGAACAUGGUGCGUCCGACCGCGACCGAGCCCGUGCUCAAGGUGGUGACCAACGGCGGUCUGGAGUCGGGUCGCUCGAUGACGGCCGGCUACGUCGUGCGCGCGCCCGAGGAGGUCGACGCCGCGUCCGUGGUGGACCCCCAGCUCUCGCUGAGCAAGGUCUCGUGCGUCGGCUCCGAGUCGUUGGCCGACCUGCAGCCCCGCGUGUUCUGCCGGGCCAACGUCAACAUCACGGCCCGCGCGGGCUUGAAUGAUCGCAGCCGCUGGUCGGACGGCGACUACCUCUACCAGGUCUACGACCUCAAGGUGGUCAACAUGGGCGGCCGCCUCAUCACCGACGCCCGCAUCAGCCUGGCCCUUGCGCCCGAGGCCGAGCUGGUUCAGUGGUGGGAGGUCAACCGGCUGGGCGCCUCGUCAAGCGUGUUCCACCCGGGCAACCCGAUCCGCGUCGAUAGCGCGCUGACGGGGGGCGUCAUCGAACGCGUCCCGCUCUCGGCCCUGGGCAACCACCACCCGAUCCGGGCUCAGGUCGACUCCAUCUCCUGCGUCUGA